GAACAAUUUACUUCGGCAAACGAGUCAGCUGUGCAUAAGGUGUUAUCAGUGAAAGAUAACGGGCGGCGCGGGGAGUCGCAGCGCAGCAGAGGCGGGAGCGGCGGCGCGGCCAGCUAUAGUGGCCGGCCGAGCGGUCGCAUAGUGCGCGGCGCGAACCCGGCAGCGGUCGGCGCUGGAGUAAACAACAACAAUAGAAACCGAGCUGGUAGUUCAACGUGGCCAACAGGCAACCGCGAAGAAAAUGACAUGAUGAGAGGCCAGGGCACUUGUGAAGCGUGUGGAGGACGACAUAAUUCCAGUUCAUGUCAGUUUACUGAUUAUGUUUGUCGUGUAUGCAAUCGUCGUGGUCAUUUAAAGCGAGUGUGCCCUAACUUGCGAGCCAAGACCACACUGUAUAAUAUGAUGGAGGAGGUUUUGAAGGACGACUCAGACGGAGGGAGCGACGAGUUCCAGAUACUGUGAAGUGUUCUCGGAGGGUUUGGGGCGGUACACGGGCGGCACGGUCGGGUUCCAGGUGCGCGAGGGCGCGCGGCCCGUGUUCAUGCGCGCACGCCCGCUGGCAUAUGCUCUGCGCGAGCCGGUGGAGCGAGCACUCGACUCGUUGGUCAACGAUGGAGUCAUUACACCUGUUAAUACUUCGGACUGGGCGACUCCUAUUGUACCGGUAAUGAAGAAAGAUGGCACUAUUCGGGUAUGUGGCGAUUUCAAAAUUACUCUCAAUAAAGUAUUAGAGGUGGACCGUUUUCCGUUACCGCGGGUCGAGGAUCUGUUAACGAAGUUACAUGGGGGAGACAAGUUUACGAAGAUAGAUUUGUCUCAGGCUUAUUCCCAGUUCGAGUUGGAUGAGAAAUCGAAACAAUACACGGUGAUCAAUACUCAUCGGGGAUUGUUUAAAUAUAAUAGGCUAAUUUUUGGCUUGGCAUCAAGUCCCGGAAUUUUUCAACGGAAGCUCGAGCAGUUAUUUGCUGACAUGCCCCGGGUGGGGGUGUUCUUAGAUGACCUUAUUAUUACUGGACGAAACGACCAAGAACAUAUAGAAACUUUGCACGAGGUUUUCAAUAGGUUAGCUCAGUAUGGCUUAAAAAUAAGAAAAGAUAAAUGCUCAUUCUUUACCGACUCUGUGACGUAUUUGGGUUUUGUGAUAGAUAGGGACGGAGUUCAUACUACACCUGAGAAAAUAGAAGCUAUUUUAAAAGUUCCAGUGCCGCAAAAUGUAUCAGAGCUGCGCUCCUUCCUAGGUUUAGUUAUGUACUAUGCGAAGUUUGUUUCCAAUAUCAGUACAGUGUUAUCUCCUUUGUAUAAACUGCUACGCAAAGAGUCCAAGUAUGUAUGGGAUGAGGAUUGUGAUCGCGCUUUCAAUAAGGUGAAAGAGAUGUUGGUGUCAAGCGAAGUGUUGGCCCACUACUCCCCGGAGCUGCCGCUGGUACUGACGACGGACGCCAGCAGUGUAGGCGUGGGCGCGGUCAUCUCACACGUCACCCCGCAGCGCGAACGCCCGAUAUCUGUGAUGUGGUGGCCGGGCAUCGACGCAGACAUCGAAGCAGCGUGUCGCGAGUGCGCCGUGUGCGUCGCUGAGAGCCCCGCACCCCCGCGCGCCCCGCCGCAACCCUGGCCACAUGUCACAGAGCCUUGGUCUAGGUUGCACCUAGAUUUCCUAGAAUCUGUUUCGGAGAGUGAGUCUGCCAAGACGCUAGACGGGGACAUUGAGAACCCGAGCGAUAGUCGAGUGCAGGCUCCUUCGACGAGCGAUGGCGGCCAAUCCUCCAACCCGACCGUCCCGCUCGCUGACGCUCGGCGUCCUGGUCUUAGACCUAGAGAUAUGCUCCGAUCCGUUACGAGAUACGGUUUCGAGAUCGACUGA